AAAUCCAUUUCUGGACAACUUUUUGGCGGGAGGAGCGUGUGGUGGUCCACCUCUUUUUGUUCUUUUAUGGUUUCAUUUAGAACGAAAACCUUUUGUUGUCCUAGUACUAAUUGUCUUGUUGAGAUGAACGAGAUUUGUAGGGUCAUGGUUAUUAAUGUUGGCUGCCAUCCCCAUUCCCCUGUAGAAUACUCUCUCUCUCUCUCUCUCUCUCUCUCGGCUAAUAAUAGGAUGUGAAUACCGAAAGUUGGAAACUGAGGGGACAUAUUUAGUUUCCCAUCAAAUAGGUUAAUGAAGGAAUAUCUCUUGGGUGGAUCUUUCAACUUCGACUUGGGAAAUUGAGUACUUGAUGCGUGUAUCAAAGAGGAACAUGAACGUAUAACAAAUGUUUGAGGCUUUUUAACUUUUCCUGGGGAAUGGACUUCUUGACUCGUGGGGGGAGGUUUUAAGUAUUUAACCCAACAUUCAUCAGUCAAAAACAACUGCACUGUUGGUAAUUUAGUUACAUUGCAGAUUCAGGUAGGAAGAGUUUCCUGAGAUGGGUUUUCUGUCACAAAAAAUUGAGAGAAGCCAGGUCGUGGCUGGUGAUCACAUCUACGCUUGGAGAACUGCGUUCGCUUUCUCCCACCACGGCAUCUACAUUGGUGAACGCAGAGUUGUUCAUUUUGUUGGCACAAACACAAUUGGCAGCUCCAGUUCCAGUGGUUUCAUUGUAUGGUGUUCUUCCAGAUUAACCUCUACUUCAAUUUCAGACCCAUCGGUUUGUCCAGAAUUUCUCGACUGUGGAUUUCAACAGCCCGAAAGUGGGGUGGUGCUCUCUUGCUUGGACUGCUUCCUUGCUGGGGAUUCCUUGUAUCGUUUUGAAUACGGGGUCCCCACCUACCACCUCCUAUUCAAGCUCAGAGGCUGCACUUGCACUACUGCAAAAUCAGACCCUCCAGAACUAGUCAAUCACAGAGCCCUGUAUCUGCUUCGACAUGGGUUUCUGGACUAUGAUACGUUGAGUAAUAACUGUGAGCAUUUUGCUAUGUACUGCAAAACUGGUCUUCUGUGCAUCGGCGGUGGAUUGAUUGGACAAGCUUCUGCACUUAAGACUCCAGUUAUUGCAACUGGUACUUGUGCAGUCCUUAAGUGGCUUAUACCGGGAGCUCUUAUUGUUAAGGCAACUGCUGCAGGUUUGACACAUCUGACAAGCAGGUACAGAGAUGAUUUAGGUGUUCGAUCAGAUGAUAGUGGUUCAGAGAGGCAACUUGUUGUUAAGGUGCCAGUGGAGGACCUGUCCACGUUUUGUGCUUCAGGAACAUCGGGUGGGUCCAGUUUCAGGGCAGGCAAAAAAACGUUUUAUGAUAAGCCAACAGCUACAAGCUUCUCUGCCAUGGGGAAAACGAUGAUUCGACAUCCUGAGGUCAAGUGGGCUCAGAGUCUUGACAAGGUUUAUAUCACUGUUCUCUUAUCAGAAGCUAAAAAUGUCAAGGUUAAUCUGGAGCCUGAUGGACGUUUCAUAUUCUCCGCAAUUGCUGGAGUGGAGAACCACCUUUAUGGAGUGAAGUUGAGCCUUUAUGACAAAGUCAAGGGAGGCCAAAUGAAUCAAGGCAAGAGGAGAAUAUUUUGUGUUAUCAUGAAAACGGAGAAGAAAUGGUGGAAGAAACUACUACGUGGUGAUGAGAAGAUGCCACACAAUGUGAAAGUGGAUUGGGAAAAAUGGGUGGAUGAAGAGGACGACUACUUUUGUAAGAGUGAUGAACACGAAGAACUGGCAAAGUCGGAAGAGGAAGAUUCGGCGUAGGCUGGCAAAACAAAGCCAGAAGAACAAGAGGUCAGAAAGGCAGAAGGGGCUUCAGAGGGGAAACUAGAAGCUGAAACCAUUCUGUUAGCUGUCUAUUGUUGAGGAUGUUGACGAAAGAUACCUUUAGUUUUGUGUUAGUGGUGUUUGUUUUCCACAUAUAGUGGUGUUUGUUUUCCACAUCUCUCAAUUGAAGCAUGUUUUUUCCCAAGUUGAGUGGGCAUUUUGCUGCGAACUUCGAUGUUUCAAAUAGACAUUCAGAUAGCAGUAGAUCUUU